UGGCUGGAUGACCGAAUGGCAGCUUUUACGCAGAGGGUUGUCUCACCUGCUGAAACGCACUUCACCAUUCAGCACAACAGAGCCAUCUUUCGCUCGCACCUCCAAUUAAUAUCCACGCCUGCGAGGUCAGCGCUUCGUUUUCGCCUCUUUGGGUUUGUUUUGUUUUGUCUGUUGCUUUAUUUUGACGAGCUUGGGUACCCUAGCAUGCCCUCUACGUAUGGAUCGUCUCUGCCAGAGUAGGCGAACAAAGCGCAUCAAGCCUCUCCAGAGAACUGCCUCCCCAAAAAAUCACGGAUUUUUGUCUGUAAGUACUCAGGAAUAACCCACUUGGCAUCUUCGGUUGUUUUUAGGCUGCCGUGUGUCUAGUUCACUUGGAAAGAACACGCUGUUAAAGAUGGAUACGCUUUUUCUUAGUCCGAUGGAUAGGCAUUUAAUUUAGGGAACACCCGAUCCCACUGCUGGACAAAAAUAAUGGCAAGAUUUUGGAUAGCGCUGGACGCGUUGUUGGUUUCCUGGGAGUAGAACAGCCCUGUGUCGAUGCUCGAAAACAACAAACAGCCCAGUACUGCAGCACACAUACAAACAUUUCAUUUCCCAGUUACUAUAUGACAAAAAUACAUCCGAGCACUGAUAGAAUAUAUUGACAAACAUAUCACCGACAAAAAAAAAACUAUGGAGCACACCGGGAUCGAGGAGGUGAACCAGACGCACCAGCAGCAGCAUGAGCCCAUCAGCUUCGGGAUCGACCAGAUCCUCAACAGCUCGGACCAGUCCAGCGGCUGUAUGCUGCCCAACCGGACCGGCGACCCGGAUUACGCGCUGGCCUCCAACGUCUACAGUAACGGGUACAACAGCGUCUACAACCCGGCCUGCUCCAUGGCGGCGGCGGCGGCGGGUCUGGCCGGCUCCUACAACGUCAACAUGAACAUGAACGUCAGUAUGAACAUGAACGUUAACGUGAACUCUGGCGGCGCCGGAGGGGUGAUCCGGGUGCCGGCGCACAGACCCAUGCCGCCGCCGCCCGCCGCUGCUGCUCCGCAUCCGCCCCCUUCGACGCAUCCGCCGGGCAUCGGACCCGGCAUCCCCUCGGUGCCCGGGAUGGGGAUGGGGAAUGCGGCAAACUUCACCUUCCCGUGGAUGGAGAGCAGUAGGAGGUUUGCCAAGGACAGAUUGACAGGGGAGCAGGCAGAGGAGAGCCGAGUCGGAGAGGCCACAGGGGGGCCGGGGACUGCCGGGUCCCUCUGUCCUCUCCCCAAGGGAGACAUCGGCAGGGUCCCCGUCUGGAGCACUGUGGAGACAUUAGCCAAAUGCUAUUACCCCGAGCUCGCUCACCUGCGAGACGGCAAUGGCCUUCUAGCAGACUAUCCUUUCCCAAAGGGGGCUUGCCCAGCUGCCCUCUCACCCUUCUCCGUGACCCGUCGUAUCGGCCACCCUUACCAGAACCGGACGCCGCCCAAGAGGAAAAAGCCUCGCACCUCCUUCAGCCGGGUGCAGAUCUGCGAGCUGGAGAAACGUUUUCAUCGGCAGAAGUACCUGGCGUCGGCCGAGCGUGCCACCUUGGCCAAGGCCCUGAAGAUGACAGAUGCACAAGUCAAGACCUGGUUUCAGAACCGACGGACAAAAUGGCGGAGACAGACGGCAGAGGAGAGAGAGGCCGAGAGGCAGCAGGCCAACCGGCUAAUGCUGCAGCUUCAGCAGGAAGCUUUCCAGAAGACGUUGAGCCAGCCUUUGCAGCCGGACCCACUCUGCCUGCACAACUCCUCCCUCUACGCCCUGCAGAACCUGCAGCCCUGGGCAGAAGACAAUAAGGUGACCUCCGUCACCUCCGUGGCAUCUGUAGUGUGAACGUGUGUGUGUGUGUGUUAAGAAGAGAGGGAGGGAGGGAGAGAGAGACAGAGGGAGGGACAAAGCUGGGAAUGAAAUGUGUUAAUCAAAGUGUCGUCAGUGUGAAUGGACAAAGGGGAGGAAUCUCUUCAGUCUAUUUCUGACAUGUCUGACGUUCAAAAACGCAACACCAUUAUGGGAUUGUCAUAGAUACAGGAGAUGUUUGCUUGGGAAAAAAAAAAAUUAAUGGACAUUGCGCUUCCUCACUCAUUGAUCGCUACCAGCAACAUGGUGGGGGAGCGUGUGUAGAAAGAGACAGCUAUCUGUUACUGCCAAGACCUACAAAACACUGUAUGCGGACUUCACAGUACAGGAGCCGCACUGACACUGCUGUUUGUCAAAAUUAAGCAAGUCUACAACUGUUAUCUUAAAUAUCUGAAGUAUGUUGAGUCAUUUUCCUGCCUUACACCAAGUUUCCGCUUUCC